AAGUAUUUUGACACAAAAGUGUUUGACUGUGAGGCAUUAAAAGCCACAAAAUAUAACGGGUCCAUCAGACCCACAAACGCUGGCUGAGUAACAACAAUAUGAACAUUACACAAGGGUUGACUUUUGUGUAAUUGUUGUCUUUAUUUUUAAGUUAUCAUGACAUGAUUUUACCAGUCCGGCCCACUUAGGAAUAGAUUUUCUUCUAUGUGGCCCCUGAGCUUAAAUGAGUUUGACACCCCUGGUUUAGAGGCAAAUAUAUAAGCGACCACGGAAUAAAUAUUAAAGUGGGACGGAGUGGAUUUUUACACCCUUAAGAAAAAUAUUUUAGUUAAAGAUUUAAACCAUUUAUCAUCACCAAAACGUUCAUUUGACACUCACUGUAUUUAAAGAAGAACAAAUUGGAGGCGCAUCAUGUUUUUACAUCAAAUGGUCCACAAAUUAAGCAUUAAUGGCUAAAAAACCAAGUUGGACUUAUUGGUUUGAUUGAUUGGUUGAUUGAUUGAUUGAGACUUUUAUUAUUAGAUUGCACAGUACAGUACAUAUUCCCUACAAUUGACCACUAAAUGGUAACACCCCAAUAAGUUUUUCAACUUGUUUAAUCAAUUCAUGGUGCAUCGCUAAGUAACGUAUUUGACUGACAUAACGAGUAUAUGACAUAACAACAUAUACUGGAAAUAUAUUCCGCUGGUGUUUGUUGCUACAAGUUAACUACAAAUGACAAGUUAUAAAAGUUUAUUCAAUGAGGUACAAAUACAUUUUGCAUCAAUAUAUUGUGCACAAAUCAAACAUGCAUCAUUAAAGGGGAACAUUAUCACCAAACCUAUGCAAGCGUCAAUAUAUACCUUGAUGUUGCAGAAAAAAAGACCAUGUAUUUUUUUAACCGAUUUCCGAACUCUAAAUGGGUGAAUUUUGGCAAAUUAAACGCCUUACUGUUUAUCGGUCUUGUAGCGAUGACGUCAGAACGUGACGCCACCGAGGUAACACACCCGCCAUAUUCAUUUUCACAUUACAAACACCGGGUCUCAGCUCUGUUAUUUUCCGUUUUUUCGACUAUUUUUUGGAACCUUGGAGACAUCAUGCCUCGUCGGUGUGUUGUCGGAGGGUGUAACAACACUAACAGGGAGGGAUUCAAGUUGCACCACUGGCAAGAAAUCUGCCGCCAGACCCCCAUUGAAUGUACCAAAGUGUCUGCAUAUUUUACCGGCAAUGCUAAGACAGACAUGGCACAGAGAUGUAUGGAUAACCUGCAGAUGCAUUUGCAACGAUUAAGUCAACGAAAUCACGAAGAUAAAACGAUGAACGGUCGUCAAGGAGAAGCUCCCCCUCGGCUCCGGGCCGGUAGCUCCACGACACGGCAGGAGGAUCCACAGUCCCCCCACGUUAAGAACGAGGAGGACGGACACAGGAGCACUCAGGGGGAGGCUGAGCUCAGCAAGUUUCCACUGACAGUUGUCUCUGGGAAGACUGUAGACCGUGGAGACAAAGCACCUGAGUCCUCACAGCGUCAUCACAGUCCAAGCGGCAACUGGCUGGUUGGUUGUCAAGGAGACUGUCCCACUCGGUCGCUAGAGGGAAGCACCACUUUGAAGCCGCCGGAACCACAGCCCCCCAACCUUAAAGAGGAAGAGGACGAAGUGUGGAUCACCCAGGUGGGACCGUGUCUUCUAGGGCAGGAGAAGGCUGAUCUCACCAAGUUUCCACUAACCGUUGUCUCUGUGAAGACCGAAGACCAUGGAGACAAACCACCUGAGUCCUCACAGCUUCAUCACAGUCCAAGUGAGGAGAACAGAGCCGUGGAACCUUCUAGAAGAAAAUCAAAUCAACACAUGACAACAGAAGCUGGUGAAGACCACUGUGGAGGAUCACAAGCAGACAAGCUCUUAGCUCCUCUAUCAGAUAGUGAGGACACAACGUCACACUCUCCUGAAGAUGAAGACAGGGACGACACCCAAGAACCUUUGAGCAGCGAUGCGGACUGUGAAGGCGACGCGAGGACUCAAACUGACGACGAACACUCUAAAUGCGCUAAAAAGAGGACGCGUAAAAAAAGGUUGAUCUGUUCAGUUUGUGCUAAAAGAUUUUCCUUUAAAUGUGAGUUAACUCAACACAUGAAAACGCACACGGGAGAGAAACCUUUUAGUUGCUUGGUUUGUGGCGACAAAUUUGCUCAAAGGCCCACAUUGACGAGACACAUGAGAACGCACUCUGGAGAGAAACCUUUCAGUUGUUCCGUCUGCGCUGAUAAAUUUGCUCUGAGGUCGACAUUGAGCGCACACAUGCGAACACACACCGGAGAAAAACCUUUUUCCUGUUCCAUUUGUGGCGAACGAUUCACUCAGAAAGGAACCAUCGCAGUACACAUGAGAAGGCACACGGGGACGAAACCUUACAGUUGCACAGUUUGCGGAAAAAGUUUCUCUCAGAAAGGCUCGAUAGCGUUACACAUGAGAACGCACACGGGCGAAAAAACCCUUUAUCUGUUCAAUUUGUGGUACAAGAUUCUCCAACAACUCAAACAUGCUGUCACACAUGAGAACACACACGUGCGAGAAACCAUUUCAAUGCUCCGUUUGCGAUAAAAGCUUUUCCAACAAAAGGGACUUUGCAAGACACAUGAUCACGCACACAGGAGAAAAACCUUUCAGCUGCUCGGUUUGCGGCGAUACAUUCGCUCGCCGGUUCUCGCUCGUGACACACAUGAAAACGCACACUGGGGAGAAACCUUUUCACUGCUCCGCUUGCGGUAGAAGAUUCUCGGAGAAGUCACACAUGCAGUCACACAUGAGAACGCACACUGGAGAAAAACCUUUUCGAUGCUCAGUUUGCCGUCGGGAAUUUGCGCACAGGUUCAACAUGGUGAGGCACAUGAAGACGCACACGGGGAAAAACCUUUUCAUUGCUCAGUUUGUGCGAAAAGAUUCUCCGAAAAGUCACACAUGGUAUCACACAUGAGGACACAUACUGAAGAGAAACUAGUUCAUUAGAACUGUCCCACAUUUGUAGUGUUUACAGGUGGUCCUCUGUUCGUGUCGAGAUGUUUUGUGGUUACAGCUGUGCUUUAAAGGGGAACAUUAUCAGCAGACCUAUGCAAGCGUCAAUAUAUACCUUGAUGUUGCAGAAAAAAGACCAUGUCUUUUUUUAACCGAUUUCCGAACCCUAAAUGGGUGAAUUUUGGCAAAUUAAACGCCUUUCUGUUUAUCGCUCUUUUAGCGAUGACGUCAGAACGUGACGUCACCGAGGUAACACACCCGCCAUUUUCAUUUUCACAUUACAAACACCGGGUCUCAGCUCUGUUAUUUUCCGUUUUUUCGACAAUUUUUUGGAACCCUGGAGACAUCAUGCCUCGUCGGUGUGUUGUCGGAGGGUGUAACAACAGUAACAGGGAGGGAUUCAAGUUGCACCACUGGCAAGAAAUCUGCCGCCAGACCCCCAUUGAAUGUACCAAAGUGUCUCCACAUUUGACCGGCGAUGCUAAGACAGACAUGGCACAGAGAUGUAUGGAUAACCUGCAGAUGCAUUUGCAACGAUUAAGUCAACGAGAUCACAAAAGUGAGUUUUGUUGAUGUUGUUGACUUAUGUGCUAAUCAGACAUAUUUGGUCACGGCAUGACUGCCAGCUAAUCCAUGCUAACAUGCUAUGCUAAUCGAUGCUAACAUGCUAGCCCAAGUUGUGCCUCCACCGUGAGCGAUUUUUGUUUGUAUCUUUUUUUAGUUUAAAUUAAGUCAUGUUUUUACCUAAAUGCCAUGUCCCGAGUAGUCUGUCCGCCUUCCUGGGAGAACGACCCCCCCAUCAUGACAUAAAAUACUUCUUACCAUUAAUGCGACUUCUUGAACAGGUGCGGUAGGAAACGGAUGGAUGGAUUUAAAUGCAUGAGAAUGUUUUAUAUUUUGCACGUUAUUUUUAGCACUGUGAAUUCCAGCGGAAUUAUUCAUAAUUAUCGUGUUAAGCAAUGUCAGCUAAGAUUUAUCUGAGAGCCAGAUGCAGUCAUCAAAAGAGCCACAUCUGGCUCUAGAGCCAUAGGUUCCCUACCCCUGGUUUAGAGUCUCUUCUUUCUCUUUUUGUUCCUUUUUCCUCGCUCUCGCCUUACGACUCUCCUCUCCAGCUUUUCAGCUCCCCCUCUGCGGUCCCCAACGCUGCUAAUAAAGAGACAGGUGAUUAGAAAACUG